CUGCGCUGAAUUUCGAAUCGUCGAAGUGGUUUUCCUAUCGUCAGCUAACUAACAAACAAGAGGGAGGCAACGGGGCUGGUGCCACACAACCAUGCCACGAGAACGGGGGGCACAGCCCCAGAAAAAGUCUUUCCAGCAGAGUCUGGAUGACAUUAAAGAGAAGAUGAAGGAGAAAAGAAACAAACGACUAGCAAGCGCCUGCGCCGCCAAUAGAGGGAAGAAAAUGAUCACAACAACCGGUCAAAUGAAGCCAUUUGUUUUGAAGACCGUCCAAGUGAACAACAAAGCCCUGGCUCUGGCACUGCAGGCGGAAAGGGAAAGAGUGCGGCAGGCGCAGGCGGUCAUCCUCCAGCUGAAAAGAGAGAGGCAGGCCCUGUACUUCCACCUGUUGCUAUUGAAACGAACCAAGCCAUCAGAAGACACCCGGCCACAGAGUUCCACCCCUGAAGUGCGCCGGCUGGAUUCUUCAGCAUCUCCCAGGUCUUCUUUGCAGUCUGAGAAAAACCCUAAAUGUGACCUCGGUCAGGAUGAGCCGGUCACCCCUCCACGUGCUGCAGUCAAGAAAGAGGUACCUUCAACAGCUGGUGUAAGGCAACGGCAGCGCAAAACAAAAGGUCGCCGAUCUGGUUUUAUCGACCCUGCAGAUUUGCCACACGCCACCACAGACAAUACAGACCGUCACAGCACCACAGACUUUGAGGUGGCCGCAAAGCAAGAAGAGUUAAAGCCAGACACUGAACUCAACAACCACAAUGGCAUGCCUGCUGACGCAUGUCCAACAGAGCCAAACGCUGCACAGGCCCAGCCCCAGUUCACCCCAGAGCCCCCCAAAAAGAGACGGCGAGCCCCCAAACAGGCAGCUCCGAAACAGACACCACAGCCGCCCUCCUCCUCCUCGUCCACAUCUGCCUCCUCCUCCAGCCAGGUGGAUCAACCCCAGACCCAGCCUCCGGACCCUCUCAAGCAGGGAAGGCUGCUGCAGACCGCCCCGGCCUCCCGUCGGGUAGUGGCCGCCCCGCUGAAGAAGCCCUGGGAGAACAGCAGGCCCCGGGCUCGCUCGAAGAGCCGCGAUCGCGCCAGCAGUCGAGACCGAGCUCAAGCCCCACCACCGUCGGCGAAGCAGCAAGGCCUCAACACCAGCUCCUCCAUCCUCAACGACACCUUCGACUUUGACUUUGAGGAGGCGGUGCACGUGACUCCCUUCCGAGCCGGUGGCAAGGCAGAGGGACGCGCGGCGGACACUACUCAGGGCAACCCCUCGUCUCAGGACGGCCAAUCUCCACCUGUGGAGAACGCUCUGAAGAGAAGCAGCCCUCCGUCUGACUCCGAUGAUGAAGAUUGUUAUAAGGAUGAUGAGAAGGACGACAGCUGGCACGCUCCCGGCCAACGGGGCCGCAAGAAGGAGAGACGGGGUCGUAGCCCGCCCAGACGGGCACGCUCCAAGAGGAACGCGUCUAAGCAGAGGAAUGGAGAGCGGCUUCGUCUGUCUGAUGUCAAGCCGGAACACCAGACAGUUGCAGAGCAGGACGUUAGCGGGACUGAAGGAGCCUUCAUCACAGAGGCAGAGGAGUUGCCUUGUGAGGAAGACUGCUCUCCCACACGGCCCACUGACCUGGAGUUGGAGCUGGAGCUGCAGCCUCAGCCCUCCCCAAUCGCAUCACUACCUCCCAACUCCCCCAUGUUUGGGUACUCCCAGCAGCUGGAUCUGUUGGAUCACAGCAAAGCCACCCAUAUGGUGGAAGAUGAAGGCAUUGAGAACGCAGCGCCAGUUUCUUCCGACAUGGACGAGCACCUGGGGUGGAUAGAGGACCCCUUGUGCGGCCUGAGCAGCCGAAGCAAGUCUUUGGGUCUAAAGCGAGAGAAACCCACUGUCAAGUACAGGAGAUAUGCAGGUGGUAUCGUGGUACGAUCGGCCGUUGGCGUUGGCCUGAGUGACCUGACCAAUCUCUCUCCGGCCACCCGGCGUGCCAUCCCCUCCCUCCACAACCCCUCCACGUCUCAACCCUCCCCUGCCCCCCGCCGACGCAGAUGCACGGUCGCUGUUGACUACAAGGAACCCACCAUAAACUCGAAGCUCAGGCGUGGUGACAAGUUCACAGACACAGAGUUCCUGCGCUCGCCCAUAUUUAAGCAGAAGUCUCGACGUUCGUCCAUCAAGUCAACGUCGCACCUGGGAAAAUAUAACGAGUCGUUUGUUGGAUGCCACUGAUAUCUUCUUUGUGAAUAUUUACUUGUCUGCCUCUUUGCUCUCUGUCAGAUUUUGUCUGUCACUUUUAAAAGCUGUAGAUGAAUUUUAUUUUGAAUAUAUUUUUUAACUUGUAUCAAACACGUAGAUUGAAAGUGAUUAUUAAAGUUUUUUUGGAAACUUUA